CAGCAGUUGACAGCGGACAUUAUUUUGUCUGAGAAUUAGCAAAUUUUGAAGCUUUUUCAGAUCAAUAUGAAGUUCGUUCUUCAUUUAACAGCACUGCAGCUUAUGUUGGUUGCAUACAACAUAGCAAUUGGACAAUGUCAGAAGAGCUGGUACUGCUCUCCUUUAGCGAACACAAGCACCUGUGGAAACACCUCCAGUUAUGUAGAGAGAGCCUGUCUUGGACAAAACACUGCCUGCAUGGCCUAUUCCUGCAGCAGUAUAAAUACCGGCUGCUCCUGCAAGCUCGGAUCCUACAACUGCAGCAACAACUGCAACUACGACAUUUAUUCAGACCUCUGUGAUUGCCGUGCGGAUACACACUCCUGCACCUGCCUCGGAGAUAUGACAACUUCAGUCAGCUCUCAAAACCAGACAGUAGAAAGCACUAAGAAUCUGCUUAAUCUGAUAUCCAAUAUUUCAGGUCAACUGUCUCCCACAGUUGCUGCAAACUUUUUGAAUGUAGUUGAUGCUGCUCAGGUGAAGGUUUCGACUUCUGACAAGGUUGUAGAUAAAAAUGUAUUGGUGUCAUUUGGAAACGCUUAUUUGAACGCCUUUGAGAAUCUGGUGUCUGCACUGGUCGUGGCAACAGAUAAUAUGACCGUGAAGAAUAUUGCUCUCAACAAUACAGAAGUUACAGUUCUUGCGAUUGGAAUCAAUGCAUCUGCAGCAGAUAUCCCUCCCAUCUAUACUAAAACGGCCAAAAUGGAUGUCGACCUACUUGAGAUUGCCAAGCAGAGCAUUUCAAAAACUGCUUCUGUGGCUUUCGUGAGCUACAGCGCAAUGGACAGUAUACUUAAACCUGAUUUCUUCAACACUUCAGAAAACACAGUUAAAACCAUGAUGUCCACUGUGAUCUCAGCUACUCUUUCCCAAACCACCAACACUACACUCACCAAAGCAGUCAACUUCACCCUCAAACACAUCCAAGGGUUUAACCCUAAGAGUUCUCUGUCCUGUGUGUACUGGAAUAUCAACGAGUGGAUUGUAGAUGGUUGUUCUAAGUUAAACAGCAACAGCAGCCACACUGUGUGUUCCUGUGUUCAUCUGUCCACAUUCGCUCUCAUCAUGCAGACCAGCAGUAGUCCACAAGAACCGAGCGAUCUGCUGGAUCUGCUGAAUCUGGUGUGUGUGAUCGUGGGUCUGGUGUUCUUCAGUUUGGCUCUGUUGUCCUUUGCUCUUUGUCAGUGGAGUCCUGGAGUCAAUAAUGUGGCUCGAAUCAACAUCUGCAUCAGUCUGCUGUCGGCUCACCUUCUGUUGCUGCUCACACAACAGUUCCUGAGCCUCAUUCGCCCUCAGCAGGUGUUGUGUGUGGUGAUAGCAGGCCUUCUGCACUUCCUCUUCCUCUCCGCCUUUGUGUGGAUGUUCAUUGAAGCUGUGCUGCUCUUCAUCUGUGUCAAGAACCUAUCACAGAUCAGCUCCAAAAAGAAGGAGGUGCUUAGCAGUGGAUUCCUGUGUGUGAUUGGAUAUGUGCUUGCUUUAGUAGUGGUGUGCGUGUCUAUAGGGCUGGUUCCAGAAGGAUACGGCAGUGAAAAAUGCUGGAUUAAAAUUGCUGAAGGUUUUAUCUGGAGUUUUCUGGGUCCUGUUUGUGUCAUUCUAGCAUUAAACACGAUUUUCUUCAUUAAAAUCGUCAUCACUCUGUACUCAACUCUCAAAAAUCUAAAUGCUGAAGUUUCACAGAUGAAACAAACCAAGGUUAUGGUGUUUAAAACACUGUCUCAGUUUGUGGUUCUUGGUUGUCCUUGGAUUCUGGGUUUUUUCCUUAAUAGCAAUGAGGUGCUGCAGAUCCUCUUCGUGAUCUUGAACUCUCAGCAGGGAACCUUCAUCUUCGUGAUCUACUGUGUGCUCAAUAAUGAGAUCAUGCAACAAUACAAGCAGUGCUUCAGAUGUCUUUGCUCUGGACACAAAAAACACUGAGGUCUACAGCAUCACGUUCAGCAAACAAAAUACAACAUUAUUGACAUUUUUGGACUUGUGGAAGAAACCGGAGAACCUGGAGGAAACCCACAAAAAAUACAGGGAAAACAUGCAAACUCCACACAGAAAUGCCAACUGACCCAGCUUGGGCUUAAACCAGCAACCUUCUUGCUGCAAAGCGAUUGUGCUACCCACUGCGCCACUGUGAUGCCAUAGCUUGAUAUAUAACAUUUAAAGUGCGAUGUAAAAGCUUUUUGUAAUACUGUCAACUUUAUAUUCCGCUUUGCUUUUUUUGUUGUAAAAAUAGACCGUCAGGUCUAAAUGUUUUUGCAUAUUUGUUAUUUUUGCUUUAUAAUAACUAAACCCCUAUCAGUUACUAGCAGCUGCUAAUGGUACACCAGUGAUCAGAGUUCAUUUAGAACAGGGUUGUCCAAACUUAGACCUGCUUUGCUGGUGUAUCGCAGAUUUUAGCUUCAACUUACCUCAACACACAUGCAUGGAUUUUUUUCAGAAAGCCUAGUAAUGCGGUCACACUAGAGUUUGAGCAUACAAAAUUCUGUCGUACGGCACUGUGAAAAACAUAGAACACAGAAAACAUGCCCUCCAGGACCGAGUUUGGGCACCCCUGACUUAGAGACACUGGCUACCAAUCGGAUUCGGUACCAAUCGAUACUGAAUCGAUCCAUUUUCUGCUGACAUUUGAGCCCUACUGAGCACGUUCUUAAACAGCGCUGAUUUGCGAUUGUGUUCACGUGCUCAACAGAAAUGACUGAUUGGUCAUGAAG